AUGACAUCAGGGGCCGUCGUCACUACCACUGAGGCCCCUGCUCGCUCUGGCAAGCCAACUGACACCCCAGUGCGCUCUCGUUCCUUGGGAGGAUGCGAGACCUGUCGUCGGCGCCAUGCUAAGUGUGAUGAGACUCGGCCAUCCUGUCUCGUGUGUAAGCGUGCGGGGCUCGUCUGUGAGAGGUACGAGAUCCGGCUGUUGUUCGAUGCGAGCGACAGUCAGAGCUCACGAUGUCGCCGUCCUCUGUUCACCGAGGAUAUGCGUCAGCGCAUGAGUGAGCAGUUGACCGACAGCUUGGACUUAGAUGAUGUCCAUACCAUCCUGACCAAGAUUGAUGACCAAUGCGAGAACCAGGAGGGAGAUACGAAUUCCAGUUUUACUACCUGCAUGGGUCCCUUUGGUGCCUUUCGGGUGGUUCGGGCUGAGAUGGACCUCCCCGAAUCCCCAAUGGACCCAGUCGACGAGCCCCUUCCUCAGGUGGAAGACAACCCAGUAAAUGCUGGGCUGGAAAUGCCUUUGGAUGAUGCAUUUAGCAAUGAUCCCCUCAUGGAAUGUCUGUUUGGCCAUGUGAACGUAGAUGUUACUGCCGACUUGGAUGCUCAUGACUUCUUCGCCGCAACCCUACCUUCAGCCGAAAGUGAGGGGAUUUCCCCACAAUCCCUGUCAGGGGGCUUCCUUAUGGGACCAUCGCCAUCAGUUCCUCUGCAAGCCUCGUUAUUAUCGUCGCCAGAGAUCCAAUAUGCUCCGUCUGUGACCAACCUGGCCCCGCCAGAUGCCCCCUUAUUGCUAUCUGCAUACACGAAGAAUGUCACUCAGCUGUUCAGCCCAAUACAGCUGGAAAAGAGCCCCUGGAGUAUGCUCUAUAUGCCUCCUGCCAUGGAGACCUUAGCUUUGUUGACUAUGGGAGAGUUGGCCAACAACACCAGGAUGUCUAUCUUCUAUGCAAUCCUGGCCACUUCGGCCUUCACCCAGCGUCUAUCCUCGUUGACGCGCAGCGCAAGUCAAUAUUGGCAGAGACAGGCAGAGACCUUUGCCAUUGAAGCCCAGAAUUAUCUCAAACGAGCGCUACAUGAUGCAUCAUCGAGCGUCAAAAAAGUCAAGUACAAAGACGUCCUUAUCGCCUUGCUGUGCAUGAACACGGUUUCGGCCUACCAAGGGAGCACAGAGCGGGUGCGACGAUGUCUGUUAGACUGCGAAAAUUGGGUCCGUUUUCGUGGCUUGCCUAAAACGCGGAAAUCACGCAAGGUCCGCUUACUACACCAUUGCUAUGUCUAUCUACGUAUCUUCCAGGAGAGCACCUCCGUCCUCCCUAUGUCCCAUGUAGAGAUAGAAUCAGACCAUGCAUCCCCCGAUACUGUGCGCUCCAUCGCCACUACUCGCUCGUUUCGGCUUCGGCAAUGGGAAGGUCGUUUGGACCAGCGGAUGAGUGAAUUGAAGGAGCAGCACCAGGGGGAGAAUGAUUUGCACUUGGAAAUUCCGGGCCGGUGGGACUCGACCAUGUACCCGCAGGUCUUUGGUCUGCCAGAAUCUCUACUAUUCUUACUAUCACAGGUAACGAGACUGGGCAAUGAGCGAGACCUAUCGGACUUGGGGAGCUAUACGGGCGCGUUGGAUUUUAGGCAGUUCUCCGCGCGGGCGCGGAGUCUGGAGCGAUGCAUUUCUACUUGGCGACCACCUUCUUUACCAGAUGCAGAUCCACAUAGCAUCAUCGCUCAGACAAACACUACCAUUGUCCGUCUGAUGCUCUCAGCCCUUCACAAAGCUCUUCUUAUCUUCUUUUACCGCCGGAUCUAUGACGUGGACCCGAUGAUCCUUCAAGACAAAGCGUGGCAAGUCCGGGACGCCUUGGCUCAGGUAGAAAGAGACGAUAUGCCGGCGACUCGUAUAGCUGCACCAUUUAUUUGGGCGGCGUUUAUUGCCGCCUGUGAGGCUUUGGAUCCUACUUUGCAAGACUGGUUUGCAGGCUGGUUCGAGACGUCAGCCAGAAAGAGCGGGCUUGGGACCUUUAAGCUGGCGCUGAAAACAGCAAGGCAGGUCUGGGAGAGACAACGGCAGCCCCUGAAUAGCAGCGCCAGCACCAGUUGGCCGCAGAUUAUGCGGGAAAGCAACCUGAGUUUUUUCUACAUAUAA